GUUUAAACAAAAGCGCCACUUUUCCGUAUAUAUUGGCUUUUUACCAUCCAUCGUAUCUAAUCAAAUCGUAUAUACAACUAAACAUUUUAUUAAGACAAUAGUAGUAUUGAAAAAUAUGUUACUACAUCUUAUCACCUACCACAGCAAGAUGUUUUGCAAUGCUGGAAUUCCCCUUUUCCAUAUGAGCAAGCCUUGCAUCCAAAAAUAAACACUAGUAUAAUUGUUUAUUGAAUUCUAUAAACUAUACGCAGUAAAGGUCAUUCGUUUAAAUAAUAUUCUGUUAGCUCUUGCUUCAGUCGAAAUUUAAACUAUUAAAACAAUUUUUGCACGAGCAGUGAGCUUAAAAUGGUUACACCAUGUUUCCCUUCUUUUUUGUUAUUGCUUUCUAUUUCAAAAAUGGUAUAUUCAACAUCACCUGAUUGGCCAGAAGUUUGUGAAGGUAUCAAAAUGAGAAAAGACUGGGGAGGGAGAAUUCCCGUAGCAGUAGAUUAUGCUAUAGUUCCUGUAAAGUACGUUAUAGUACAUCACACUGUCACUCCUGAGUGUGAAACUGAAUCUAGUUGUGCUAUUACUAUAAGGGGUAUUCAAGACUUCCAUAUGGACACUUUGGAGUUCCAUGAUGUUGGAUAUAAUUUUCUUGUUGGCGGUGAUGGAAAUAUCUACGAAGGAGCAAGUUGGCAUAAAGUUGGUGCACAUACAAGAGGCUAUAAUUCCAGAUCGAUGGGUUUGGCCUUCAUAGGGAACUUUUCAAGUAAGAAGCCAAGUGUUAAGCAACUAGAAGCAGCCAAAAAGUUUUUGAAUUGCGCGGUCGAGCUUGGAGAGCUAGACAGAAACUACACGCUUUUCGGAGCAAGACAAGUUAGCGCGACAGCGAGUCCUGGAAAUCAACUAUUCAGCGAAAUAAAGACUUGGAAACACUUCACUGAGAGCCCAUGAAAAUAAAUGAUUUUCUAAUUAUAUACCUUUUCCAUAAAGGAAAGAGGGAAAAAGAGCUUCUUCAAAUAAAGUCUGAAGAGUA